AUGUCGUCUCACGCUUCUCAUAUGUUCCGUACCGGCCGUGCUUCCGCUCCCGCUCCCAUAACCCCGGCAACCAUAUCUGCGCUCUCUCCCCCGACCUCUGUGGCUCCCGUCACAACUACCCGGUCAGGCCGCGUAAGCGAGCCAACGGCUAAGACCCUCGCCGCCGCCGACCUGGCCCCUUCCCAGCCCAGCCCCAGCCGCAACAACACCGCCGUCAGCGUCCCGGCUCCUGAUCCGACUCCUGCCCCAGCCCGCCGGUCUGCCCGCGCCCGUACCGGUGGCACCAACAACACCCACCCCAGCGUCUCAGCCCGCAACACCCGCCAACAGCGUCUAACCAUCGACGACGCGACGGCGUGGGGCCCGAUCGACAGGACCUACUUGCAUAAGGAGGCUGCGUGGGCCGCCGCCGUGGCUUGCGAGGACUACCUGCUCUGGCUGCCACCCCCAAACGCAGAUAAACAGGUGUUGUACGUCACUCGCGCGGGGAAAAAGUGUUUUGACGAUCGGUAUGUGAUGAAGAGUCAGGUGCCGGGGAAGGGGGGGAAGGAGGAGGAGGAGGAAAACGGGAAGGGAAUAAAAAAGGAGAAGGUUUUGACUGCUGGUGUGGCAAAGGAGCCAGCGUUUGCGGAUUCGACGGAGAGGUUUUGGAGGGCGGUUAACGAGGCUAUUGCUACCCUUCAGAAGGAGGAAGAUAAAGAGGAUGAAGAGGAAGAUGGGGAGCCAGUUCCUUCUGGCAGUAAUGACGGCAACAACAAUGGGCGCAAGCAUGGCGGUGACUCAGGCUUGGAUGAUGAUGCUCCCGCUGCGAAGCGCUGCAGGGUCGACCAUGAGGACCAGGAGGAUGACGAGGACGAUGACGAUUUGUCAGUGGAAUCGGGCUCAAACACGGCGUCUACAUCUGUGUACGCAUCCAACAGUGUUGCCGUCUCGAGGGGCAGCAUCUCCCAGGCUGCUGUCACUCCGGAGACGAACAUGGGCAUCGACCUCAACAGCGAUGGCAAGUCUUGUUUGCAGGAGUCCAGCCGCGAAGCAAAAAAACAGCAAGACGAACAAGAGGACGAUCGUGAAGAGGAUGCGAGCGGCGCCCAGGCUCCAAGUGGUAGCUGGACUUCCCAUCAUGUGAGACGGGCUGAUUUGGAGUUUGAUCUUGACCCGGAAGAAUAUUUCGACAUGAAGGAAGAUGAGGAGACCUUCCAUGCCCGCCCGUCCAUCAAACUGCCGAUGCCGGAUCACCUUAAGGCGAUGCUGGUCGAUGACUGGGAGAAUGUGACAAAGAACCAGCAGUUGGUCCCCCUCCCGCACCCACACCCCGUUAAUGAGAUCCUUGAUGAUUACCUCGCCUUCGAGCGCCCCCAUCGCCAGGAGGGUUCCGCCGCAAUGGACAUCCUCGAGGAGACGGUUGCUGGGCUCAGGGAGUACUUUGAUAAGUGCCUUGGCCGCAUUCUGCUUUACCGCUUCGAACGCGGCCAAUACCACGAAAUGCAUGCUCUCUGGCAGAAUCCCGAGAGCAAGCACAAGUCGCCGCUCGACACCUAUGGCGCCGAGCACCUGUCUCGCCUCCUUGUGUCCCUACCCGAACUGAUCGCCCAAACGAAUAUGGACCAGCAGAGCGUCAACCGCCUGCGCGAAGAACUAACGAAGUUCACCAACUGGUUCGCUCGGCAUGUUGUCAAGUACUUCGUGAGCGAGUACGAGAAUCCCGGGCAGGAUUAUAUCGAAGCUGCUAGGGCAAAUUGA